UCUGUUUUUUUUUUCUUUUUCUUUUUCCUUCUUCGGAGUGUGGCCUGGGGGCUGCUUACUUCGGGGAUUUCGCCCGCCGACUUCUCCGGACGGUGACCUCGUGCCUCUCCUCCUCCUCUCCCGCCCCCUUUCGUACCUCUCCUUGCCUCCCAUUGCGUCUCUCUUCCUCUCUUACUGCUCCGCCUAGCUUCUCCUCUCCGAAUCCCGAUCCCCGGCGCAGUAGAACACCCAGUGCUCGGUCUGGGAUAUCUAAUGCCGAUCGGCGGUCAGUGCCAGGCUUGAAUGAAUAUGCUUCCUUACAGAAGCAAGCAAUUUGCACAGUGAUUUUUAGGUAGUAGAGGGAAUGUCUCGGCCAGCCUCCCUCCCCCCUCGAUGCCCCUUAUUGAGUAGGGGUGUACCUCGCAGAGCGUUGGACUCUAGAUCCCAUACCACACAGAAAGAUGAUAACUUAUGUGCGCAAGAGCCUAUUUUUCCUUCUCAUGAAUCACCUUUAGAUGAACAGCCAGUAUGGCUCAAUGACCUGUUAGCUGGCCAUGAAACUAGUACAAGAGGAGGGAUGUCUCUGCGGAGAUCCUCAAGUGAUCCAGUAGUACUGUUGGAUGUAGCUAAAAGUUUCCACGGCUCCAUAUAUCCAAUCAUUGAGGAAGAUGCUCUGUCAGAUGGCUUCCUCCAUGACUCCUUGGAGUCUGAGGGAUCCUGUGAAGUUGGUUAUGGGUUUGAGGCUGGUAACUGUGUCUAUGGACCAAAUUCCCCAAGGCAGAAGGGUAAAUUAACUGACUCUGAGAGCUCAAUGAUAGCCUCUCUGCUGGAAAAUGCUCCUACCGACCCACUAAAAUAUUUGACUGUGAAUUCUUCAAGCACUGCUGUUUUGAAUGAAUCACUUGGAAAAGGAGAUUAUACUCCAAUGAAUCCUGAGGCUGAGAAGAUAACAAGAAGGCACUCAGGUCAACGAUCUAGGGUGCGUAAACUUCAAUAUAUUGCUGAACUUGAGAGGAACAUUGAUUUGCUUCAGACUCUGGCAGCGGAUUUCGCAUCUAGAGUUGCUUCUCUGUUUCAGUACCGUCUUGAUUUAUCUGUAGAAAACAAGAAACUUAGGCAGCAGAUUGCUAGUCUUGGGCAAGAGAAACUCAUCAAGGAAGGUCUUCAUCAAUCCCUGAAGAACGAAGCAGAGAGGCUGAGGAUGAUGACUUGCGGACGGCACAGAAGAGCCGCAUCGUGUUUUGAGGUCCCGUCCGCAGUGGAUUCAGCAUCAGUUAAAUGGCCAAUGCCGGACUUUGGAAAGAUGAGUCUUGGUGGGAGCCAAUCUUCUCUGAAGCACAGUUUUGGAUGACGAAGAAAGUAGAUUUUUGUGUUCUUGGGAUGGAGACUUGGAAGCACGACUUCCUUUAGGACUUCAUAAACAAAGUACCUUCUUAAAAUAUAAUCUCAAAAUUUAAAGAUUUUGAAAAUCAAAUAUAAAAUGAGAUGAUUUGGUAGU